AGUGAAAGCUUGGCCUUGGUGUGUUCUCCUUCAUUUCUUUGGCUCCGUUGCAGAUCUGAAUCUAUUCUCCAUCAAAACGACGUCGUAACAUCACAGCAACAAUGGUGCUGGUUUCCGCCGCCCGCGAUUACGUCAAUCGGAUGCUUCAGGACAUCUCCGGCAUGAAAGUUCUCAUCCUCGAUUCUCACACCGUUAGUAUAGUGAGUGUUGUGUAUUCACAGUCUGAGCUUCUUCAGAAAGAGGUCUUCUUGGUAGAGUUGAUAGAAUCUAUUUCAAUGUCAAAAGAGUCCAUGUCACAUCUCAAAGCCAUUUACUUCCUCCGACCCACCUCAGAAAAUAUCCAGCAGUUGCGGCGCCAGUUGGCUACUCCAAGAUUUGGAGAGUACCACCUAUUUUUCUCCAACAUGUUGAAGGAUACUCAAAUUCAUAUCUUAGCUGACUCAGAUGAACUAGAAGUUGUCCAGCAAGUUCAGGAGUUCUACGUGGAUUUCGUUGCACUUGAUCCUUACCAUUUCACUCUGAACAUUCCAGCAAAUCACACUUACAUGCUUCCAGCUGUUGUGGACCCUGGAAAUUUGCAGCAUUUCUGUGACCGAGUUGUUGACAGUAUUGCAGCAGUUUUUCUGGCUUUAAAACGGAGACCUGUUAUUCGAUAUCAAAGGACAUCUGAUGCUGCCAAAAGGAUUGCACAUGAAACAUCUAAGUUGAUGUACCAGCAGGAAAGUGGUCUUUUUGAUUUCAGAAGGACAGAAAUUUCUCCUUUGUUAUUGGUGCUUGAUAGAAGAGAUGACCCUGUAACACCAUUGUUGAAUCAAUGGACGUAUCAGGCUAUGGUUCAUGAGUUGAUUGGUAUUCAAGAUAAUAAAGUGGACUUAAGAGCCGUGGACAAACUUCCUAAGGAUCAACAGGAGGUUGUGCUGUCAUCAGAACAAGAUUCAUUUUUUAAAUCUAACAUGUAUGAAAAUUUUGGAGACAUUGGGAUGAACAUUAAACGAUUGGUGGAUGAAUUUCAACAAGUUUCAAAAAGUAACCAGAAUAUUCAGACAAUAGAGGACAUGGCCAAAUUUGUUGACAAUUACCCCGAGUACAGGAAAAUGCAUGGAAAUGUUUCAAAGCAUGUGACAUUGGUCACUGAAAUGAGCAGGAUAGUUGAAGAGCGAAAACUCAUGUUAGUUUCGCAAACUGAACAGGAGUUGGCUUGCAAUGGUGGACAAGGGGCAGCUUUCGAGGCAGUAACAAGUCUUUUAAACAAUGAAAAUGUGUCUGAUUUUGACUGCCUACGCCUUGUGAUGCUGUACGCAUUGCGGUAUGAGAAGGAAAGCCCCGUUCAACUGAUGCAGCUUUUUACCAAACUGUCUUCUCGGUCUCCAAAAUACAAGCCUGGGCUUGUCCAGUUUCUCUUGAAGCAAGCCGGUGUUGAUAAGCGAACUGGGGAUCUUUUUGGAAAUCGGGAUCUUUUGAACAUUGCUCGUAACAUGGCUCGUGGAUUAAAGGGAGUUGAAAAUGUCUACACACAACACCAGCCUCUUCUCUUUCAAACUAUGGAAAACAUUACUAAGGGACGGUUGAGAGACAUGGACUAUCCAUGUGUUGGAAAUCAUUUUCAACAGGGCAGACCGCAGGAUGUAAUCAUUUUCAUUGUUGGUGGGACAACGUACGAGGAAUCUCGUGUUGUUGCUUUACAAAAUGCCACCAAUUCUGGAACUCGCUUCAUACUUGGCGGUUCUGUGGUUCUCAAUUCAAAGAGGUUUCUUAAGGACUUGGAAGAAGCUCAGAGGAUAGCUCGUACUAGUACCUCCAUGGUAUGAAGUUCACCAUCCUGCAAGCUAUGUAGAUAAACAAGUGUUGAAGAUUCGUCUUUCAUACAUCGGUCUCCAUUCGUCUCGGGAAACAGAAGUAUUCUUGCAUUUUCAUAGACAUGGUAACUUGUUUUACUAACUUGUCAAUCUGGGAGUAAUUGAAUUUAUCCACUUCAUCCAUAUCACAUGAUCGUAGCUGUGACACACACCAUGCAGUAGAUACCAAAGAGCAAAAUUGAGUCAAAUUUCACCUCUCUCAACUAGUUCACUAAUCAACCGAGGUAUAUCAUCAACUAUUUGAGCUCUUUUGCUUGUUAAAAUAGAAAAUGUAGUAUUAUGUGUAAAGUAAAAAAAAAAAUUAUAUUCUUUUCUAAUGUAUUUCUUGUGGUUAUAAUACAAAUUUUUUGGUGUGAUUAAACCCAUUAAUCUAGUUUUGCUUUCUUCAUUGGACUUGAGUAUAGAUAAUUAGAUAUUGUGGUGGCGACAUGAGUAUGUUUUAUUUUUGUAUUGUAAGUUGGUACAUUUAUUUUUUCUAUUCUUGAAAUGGUCGUUAUUUUCUUGCUCGAA